AUGGUUGAGGAUUCUAAAGUGAGAGAUGCUCAGAGGGGUGGAGAAGAUAGGGCAUUGCCCGCUUCGCUCGUACCACAGCAACCUGCCGUGCUUACCUCGAGGGAUAAAGUGACACAGAGGUUGAUCGUGGUCCUUUCCAUGGCCUCCCUGGAGACCUACAAGAUUUCAUCUACGCGAGGUCCCGGUGGUGGUGACAAGUACGCACUGCUGAAUUGUGACGACCAUCAAGGUAUCUUGAAGAAGAUGGGCAGAGAUAUCAGUGAGGCAAGGCCAGACAUUACGCAUCAGUGUCUAUUGACACUUCUGGACUCCCCAAUAAAUAAAGCUGGGAAGUUGCAAGUGUAUAUACAGACCAGCAAAGGUGUCUUGGUGGAGGUCAAUCCUACUGUCAGGAUACCAAGAACGUUCAAGAGAUUCUCCGGGCUGAUGGUCCAAUUGCUGCACAAAUUGUCUAUUAGGUCUGUCAAUUCCGAGGAGAAAUUGUUGAAAGUGAUUAAAAACCCAAUCACGGACCACCUCCCCACGAAAUGUCGCAAGAUUACUUUGUCGUUUGACGCACCUGUCAUCCGUGUGCAGAACUACAUCGCUAAAUUGGAUCCCGAAGAAUCUGUCUGUGUCUUCGUUGGUUCCAUGGCCAGAGGCCCAGAUAAUUUCGCCGAUGAGUACGUCGAUGAGAAGGUAGGGUUAUCCAACUACCCGCUGUCCGCUUCAGUUGCCUGUUCAAAGUUCUGUCACGGUGCAGAGGACGCAUGGGGAAUUUUAUAG